AUUUGAACUCUAUCUCCCUCCUUUCUCUCUCUCACUGAUUACUACCUCGGGCAGCGGGCAGCCUACCCCUGCUUAUAAUCAGCUCAAGAUGGGCAGGGAAAUGCCAAUCCCUCUUCUCUCUGUUUCUCUCUCUCUAGGGUUUUGUGGGUUUUUGAACUUCAAUCCUUCUCUUUAAUGGUUAUCUUCCCAAAUUCUUUGAUACCCUUUUCUUUUUAGAACCAAUCCUUUCUAAAGCUUAAAUCUUUCGCGUAAACCCCUUUGUUUUUCUUCUUACUCGAAAUUCCUCUGUUUUUCCUUCAAAAAUGGCGCCUUCAGGAGCAAGAAUGGCUACAAGAACUACAAGAAGAGCUUUACCCAACUUGAAGCUAACGAAGAAAAUCAAGAAAACGACGAACAAGAAACAACCGCCGCAGAAGAUAGAGAUUCCAGUUCCCGUCACGCAAAACGACAUCGUUGAAUUUGGCGACGAGUGUUCCGACGGUGGUUGCAGUACUCCAAAAGCAGAGAGACAUAGAAUCCCAGAGAUUUUGACGUGUCCACCGGCGCCGAAGAAACCAAGAGCUGUUUCCGAUUGCUCAUUACGACGAUCACCCAUUGCCUUUUUUGCCCCUCCAGAAUUAGAACUCUUCUUCUUUGUUGCCUUGCCGGUGCCGGACAUUUCAGUCUGAAGCUCAAAAAAAAAAAAAAAAAUCGUGUGUUUAUACAAAUUUUUACGGACAUAUGAAUGAAUCAACCAUCAAGUUGUUAAUUUUUCUCAUCUUUUUUCUUUUUUUUUUUGUUAGAUAUUAGUUUGAAUAAGUUUGUAUUUUCUUUUGGUGUGAGAUUUUGAAAUUAGGUUUGCUGUGUAAUAUUAAUAUUAUAAUAUAAUUUUGAUUUUGGGAAUUUCAACAGUGUAUCGUAUCGUAUUGUAUUGUA